AUGGAUAACCUAAAGUGCAACAGGCUGACAUGUAGGAAGGCGUUGGCAGAGAAGGCAGUGGUCGUGAGUUCACAUAUCUUCUGCGUGGACUGCGCCAAUGAGCUAUUCAAUGCUUCAAGACUAUGUCCCGCGUGCGAGACCUCAUUAACAGAACCACUAGCUCGGUCGCAGGUCUGUUCAUUGCACCCAUCGAACGACUACAAAACGUCUGUCUUGUCUGGGCUGAACCCAACCAUAAUCUUGGAGAUUUGUAGCAGGUAUCUCGCCAAGGCGAUGUCGUUUUGGCAGUACCAAGUACACCAGGAAGCAUCAUUUCAACAUGCCGUCUAUCGUAAUGUCAACGAGAAGAACGCGCAGUUACAGAAACAGCUGGAUAACGUGGUCAGAGAAGGUAGUUCGAGUAUAUGUUACAUUCCGCGAACUGAGCCGACGAAAAUGACAUAG